UCAAUUAUUUUCAAUAUUUUCUAACUAAUUUGCAUGAACUUAAUUGAAUUGCUCAUUUGAUGUGUAGAUGGCAACAGGCUGUGUAUGAGUUUGGGUGAUGGCUAGUAGGUAAUGAUGUAUGAUAUGAAAUGUUUCUUGGUGGAACAACUUGAGAAACGUAUUAACUGUAUUAACUCAAGCACACUCAGUGGAAAGUAUCUCAGAUCAAGUGACAGCCAAGUGAUCUACAAGAACACACACCAUCAACUUUCCAAACAAGGCUUGGGUGGUUGUAAUGAAGCAGCUAUUCCAUUGCAAAAUGCGAAAUUACGCGAUUUAAGUAUGUAAUUUCGUAGUCUCAGUUCUUCUUGUCCAUGUUGAGAACACUGUGAAACAUAUAGCUAUAUAAAGUUUUCGUCACCGUAAUUUAUUACUCUGGAGCUGCCACAUUGAAGCACGAGUUUGAGAAAUUUGUCAGUGAAAUACCUUCGCACCAAAUUGGACAGAGGAAGACUGAAAUAUUAGUAAGCAUUGCCUGUAUAUGAGGAUAUGGAAUCAACUGCCGAUAUUCGAAUGAUAGUUCAAGUUGUUCGACCUCAUCUACCAAAAACUUCAUAUGGUGUCCGCGAAGUUAGUGCUCAAGGCGGCAAAGAUUUCGUCACCGUAACAUAUCACCUUAAGGCUCACAUCGAAACAGAAGUUUUUGAAUUUGUCGGUGCGACACCUUCGCACCAAACUAGACAAAGAUGAAGACCUUGAAUUAUUAUAAAGUAUUGUCUGUAGGUGUAAGUUUGAUUUACUGCCUGAAGAGAUGAAAUCAGCAGCCGAUAUUUGAAUGGUUGUUCAAUGUUUUCGACCUCAUCUACCAAAAAC